AUGGACUCUACCUUUAAUAAGACCACGCCUAACGACAUUACCGGUGAUAAGGACGACCUGCUAGAGGCGCCUAGAAUCGCCGAUCCUAAGUUCCCUCCCGGAUCGAUUAGUUCGUUAAUACAUGCGGAAUUACAGGGUCUCGUGGACGGUACCCUCGAUACUACUCUCGAUGUUAUCGUUCCGCCUGUUCUUAAGGGCUGGUAUCCCAUAAUUAGAGAUGUAUACCACGAUUUCGGUCUAAUUAUCCAUGAAGACGAUCCGGAGUUUAAGAAGCUAUGUGUUACCGAUCGGACGGAGAGGGCUACUAGUACAUUUAACAUCAUUAGUGACACUAUGCGCCGCCCUAAUAACCGCCUGGAUGAGGACCCUACUAAGCGUAGUGCCUAUGGUCAUGGUAAGGACGAGUUAAUCGAAGACUAUGAAGACCUCUUCCUAAUAGAAUACGCUGCCGAACGAUUCGUUAAUGAGGACUAG